AUUACUGACUGGCGAGCCGUGCGGACAGUUCGCCAAGGAGCUCUCCAGGACCAAGGCACCCCUGUGCUGAGGAUACAGGCGCACAGAGCCGCAAGCUAGGAGAGCCCUGCCCGGGAUAGCGGGGGGCUAAGGGGGUGUCCCCCUCCUCGCCGGCGGGAUGAACCUGGGGCUGGCCAGCAUGAGUACCAGCCUGCUGCUUCUCUGCCUGCUCGCGCAUGAAGCCAAGUCAGCAAGUGUCUCGCUGGCCCAGGAUCCAGAGGGGCCCCCGUUGAUCCCCGUAGCUUUGAGUCGUGGCACGGAGGACUCUGAGUUCUACCAACAUGAAGCUCAUCUUUGCAGAAAGUGCCCUGCAGGUUUCCAUGUUGAAAAGCACUGUGUUACCUCGAACACUAGCGGGAAGUGCUCUCGGUGUGAAGAAGGAGCUGAAUUCACAGAGUACCCCAAUGCACUUUCCAAAUGCCUGACUUGUCGUGUCUGUAGAAAAGAUGAGGUGCAGCUGAGUCGUUGCAACAGCAGUAAGAACACACAGUGUACUUGCAAGAAUGGUACCUUCUGCUCUCCAGACCAUCCCUGUGAAAUAUGCCAGAGGUGCAGACUCAGGUGUCCUAAUGGAGAUGUGCAGGUCAGUUCCUGCACACCACAAAGUGACAUCCAAUGUGCGCAUCCCACAGGCCCUCCUCCUGUGGCAGGCGGCAUUGCAGGCUUGACAGCAGUUUGGAUUGCAGCGCUAGUCAUCAUAUUGAUCUUGCUUGCAGUCUUGUUGUGGUGCUGGUACAGUCGCAACUCGUCUUCUGGAGGUGAUUCGAGAAAGAUGUCCCCCAGCUUCAAGUUUUCCUUAACAAAGGCUCAUAUCCUGUCACCACUGAGGAACUGCACUCGAGGGAGGCUGGCAACUCAGGACAACAGGCGGAAUGAGCAGUUAGAUCAGGAAUCCCAGCAUGGGUUGCUGGCUGUGUCAGACCCUAAAGAAGCAGUAAGGAAGAAUAGCCAAUGUGAGACUACGGCUCUAUCUGCAGCAGACAGUGCCCCCAAGCAGGAGAGAAACCCAGCAUCUCAAAUGGCAAGCAGGAGGAAGAAACUGGUUCCAGGGAGAGGAAAGGACCCAAUAGAGACUUUGCGGUGCUCCUUUGACACCUUCACUCAAGAAGUGCCCUUCAAGGACUGGAGACGGUUUGGGAGAGCCCUCCUCCUCACAGAGAACGAGAUUGAGAUCGCAGAGAGGAGUGACAAGUACUCACAGGAGCCGCAUUACCAGAUGUUAUGCACCUGGCUGAACAAAGCAGGAGUAGGAGCUUCUGUCAACCAGCUACUGGAGACACUAGACAAGAUUGAUCUCAAGGGCGUCGCAGACAUUAUCUGCUCCAAGCUUAUUGGCCUUUAUGAAGAAGAAGAAGAAGAAGAAGAAUUAAACUGAGGAACAGGGUGGGAUGGCCUUGCUUCUCUCCAAGCCAGAACCAUAAAUACCUCUGAAAUCCCGGAUAUACCCUGGGCUGCUCCUGAGUAAGGCAUCCUUGAUAGAUACCAGCUGGGCUGGGGGAGUUGGUUGUCUUCUAGAGACAAAAGAGCCUUGCAAGCCCUCUAGGAAGAGUGAUGCUGCAAAAGCUGUUGAACAAACCACAGGUUCUUCCUCUGAAUGACAGAAUCUAAGUUACUGUCAGACAUCCAGGCUGGGAUUUCCUUGUAACACUCUGUUGCAAUGACUCUGCUAAUACGUUAUUGUGGAGCACCACUGGAAUCUUACCCCGGUGGGUAUUGGCAUCGCCUGGCUCUUUCCAACUGCAGGGACUUGGCUAUUGGCAGCUGGAGGGAACUGCAACAGGCAAAGCUGGCAUGUUUGUCAUUCAGGGCCACCUCUGAAAGCUCUGACUAAAUGUUAUACCUCCAGCUGCUGCUGGAUGCUUUAGCCUUCUAGAAAACUUGACAAGCCUCAGCCAGCUGGCCAGAGCCUCUACCUCCAUCUGUGACGGGCAGGUUUUAAUUGGUUCCUGGGUCAUUUGAUACCUGCUGUACAUUUUAGCUGUAGAUACCUGUUUUAUUUGCUGUAGAGGUAGGGUUAGACCAUCUAGUACCUAAAACCUGAGGACUUUACUGGAGUGAGGGGCAAAUACCUAUCUACCCUAUUGGUACUGAUACUGUGAUCCAGGGGUAUUGUCUUUUAGAAGAUGCCAAAUCCCAGCAGAGAGGAAUGAUGGCUCAGUGAUUAGAGCACUACAUGGGACUCAGGAGACCUGGGUUCACAUCCUUGCUCUGCCAGACUUCAUGUGGGACCUUGGUUGAGUCCUCUGUGCCUCCAUUCCCCUUCUGAGCAAUGGGGAUAAUAGCACUGCCCUACCUCACAAGGGGCUGUGAAGUUAAACAUGUGUUCCUCCCCUAUCAGAUGCACAGGGACGCACUGUCCGGUCACCAGUCCUAGUAUCUUUUGUACAUAGUUCAGGGACAAUUUUAUUGGCUGUUGGAAUUACCUGCAGUUACUGAGCUGGCUGAACCUGACCUAUUUGCAAGGGGCAACCAUCCAGCCCUCCAACAAGCCAGAUUGGCGCCUGCAGGCCGGUCUCUGCUAUCCACCUUGUUAGCGGGCCUCUGCUCAGCAUGCAGAUUGGACAGCAGUCACUUCCUCGCCUCCAGCAUCUCAUGGAAAAGAUGGAGGCUAUUCAUGCUUGAAUGUCAAAAGUACCCUCCCCUUCCCUGACCAAAUCCCUCCCGGGGUUUUAAAGCUGUGCUUAAAACAAGAAGCAAAAGUAGAUGCCAUAUUUAUGUAUUUAUUAGGAAUUUUAAAUGUAAAUAUUAACUUAAAAGGUAAUAUAAAAAUAGGAUUGUUUUUUUUCCUUUUUCCUGUGUGUGGUGGUUGUUUAUACAGAGCGCUGGCCCAGCCAUUUUUUUUUUAAUAUUUCCAGUUUUUAUACAUGACUCGUAUGAAGGAAGAAUAAACUUUUUAUACGCUAAAAUUUUUCUCAUUCUUUCCCCGCCUUCAGCCACAAUGUUGACUUAGUGGUCUGGGUUUCAAUGGAGAUCGAGCUGGUGUGAAUCUACAUAGCUCAAAUCACACGUUUACAUCAUCUGGUCCACACAGUUCAUUGUGGCUUAUGUUAUGAUCCUCCCACACUGGUUUUCCCCUUCAUGGCAGUAACCACAGCAUAGCAAACUCUUGCUCCUGGGUAUCUACAUCUCUCCUCUCUCCACUAACCAAUGACCUUCAUAUGACAUUUGACACCCAUGUGGCACAGCUGUAAAUUACACCAGGUGCAUGGCAAAGGAGACUCAGACCUUCAGGGGCACUUGCCCCAAACCCACCUUGUUGUGUCAAAACCAACGUUUGCCUGGCAGAAGCAAAGUCAUCCCCUGUAAUAAGCUUUCGGCAGCUGGGGGUGGGAGUGGGGCCUCCUUGAUAGGGUUGUGUAGCAUCAAAGCCAGCACUGAUGCUCCCUUAAUAAAUCGCUGCAUGUUCACUAAGCUAGGUGGUAGAGAAACUGCACCCUGUGGAGCUUAACACAGGUCUGGCUUCCAAGGAAAGGUUGGCAUGUCUCUAAUGAGACACAACCAGAGGGUGAGAUCUGGGUUCUGUACCCACCUCACCCCCGACUUCCCCAUCCUUGCAGAGGGAGAGGCUGGCUCCUAAGGCUAGCAUGCCAGCGGGCGUAGGGUUGACUUUUUUUUUUUUUUCUUCCUGUGCACAAAGCACUGCCUUGGGCAGAUGCUGAAGUGGGUCUUAACUGAUGGGAGGUGGAAGCAGAUGUGCACAUCAAGUGGGCAGAAGAUAAGUGCCCCUUGCAGGGAGGGGACCAGCAAAGGAAUAACUGACCCUUUGUACAGAGAGGGAACGGGCAGCCCCAUCCUGCCCUUGCCCACCUCCUAGGUCUCGGUUGUUAAAUCAUGCUGCCAAAGCACAUAAACAGGAUUGUUGCCCUCAGAGCUCCCUGACUCCAUUCUAGCAGUCACCAGCAACAUUAAAGCUAAUGACCUGAUCCAACAAGCAGGGAAACCAAUGGAAAGGCUCCCCCUGAAUGCAUGGCUGUUGGAUCAGACCCAAAUUCCUCAUUACUUAUCACCUCCCUUGUCAGUUAUUGCUCGGGUGUAGCCCAGCCUUGUGGAGGUGGACAUGACUCAUAGCAGUGGAACUGGCCCUCUGCUCCAGGUGGGGCACUGAGUGUAAAAUGCACACUGUUCUGCAACUGUCCCUGCCCUCUGGUGGGGAGCAGAGUAAUCCGGCUUAAGUGUGUGUGUGUGUGUGUGUGUGUGUGUGUGGUUUUAAAAAAAAAAAAAACACCUCAAGACACCUGUAUAUGAAACUAGCAUCCUCCAAAGCUGCUGUGUAGGCCAGCUCUUCCUUUACCACCUGCUAGGAAGGGCCAGAACAGGUUGCUGAUGCCCCCUUUCAGAAAGAGAUGACCCUGCCAAAGCACACAUGUUCUCUCCCUUUGCCUUGUUCCUGACUCCAGGCCCUGAGGCACCACGCUCAGUUGGAGAGGGCACCAGACUAGAGGCUGGCUCCUUAACACAGAGUUUUAUGCCUGAUUUGGAUUCAGCAUAUGGCUGAGGGCAAAUCACUGCUCUGUGCCUUUAUGGAUGGAUCCUGCUAUAUAGUAUUACGCAGACCUCGAGCAAAACUCCUGCUGACUUCAAUGGGAACUUUGCCUGUGUGAGGUUGAUUGACAGCUCUGCUGUUAAACCAUUUCAUGUGAGUGGUGGAGCUCAGGUGCCCUGCCUUAAAUGUCCUCCAACCAGUCCAUGGCUUGGCGGGGUGUGUGUUUGGCUCAGUGGGGGUAUGGGAGCGAUCAGUCAGGACUGAGAUUCACAGUGGCAGGCAGGCCCUGCCUUCCCAAGCAGCACCUGCUUCCUUCCAAACACACAGGGACCAUGCUGGUCUUUAAAAUACCAUUUAUUACAACGGAGCCUUCAGGUCUAAAAUCCCAACCAAUGGGAGUUGGGGCUGUGUGUGUGUGAGGGGUCUUUAAAAAAGAAGUCGGAGGCUGGAGUCCCACAUGGCUGCAGAAGCAGCCUGUCCAAAAACAGUCCUCUGGAUAGGCCGCUUCUCAGCUCAUCCUCCCCAGUUCUCCACCUGGCCCUGGCUAAACCCACAGCCUCGGCACAGAAUCACAGCAGACCCCAGCUGGGAUUGUUAAAUGCAAGAUCCUCCCGGGAGAGCUCACUAAGCAGGAAGGAAGGCAGAGGACUGGGGUGGGGUUCUCAGUCAGUAGAGGAGCUGGCUGCUUUGUGAAUAUACUCUCCACCUGCAGCAAAGGGAGACUGAUUCCUAGGCUGAAUCUGCUUAGGUGUCCAUGGGGCUUUCCUGGAAGGUUGUAUGGGUUUAGGCUGGUCCCAGGAGAUGCAUCCUGCCUAAGCAAAUGUUCCAGAGGCCAGAGCCAGGCAGGUAAGUGCAAAGAGAGACAGGCUGCUCCCUGUCAAAUGAGCCCCAGCGGAAAUCUCAGGGCAUGUUCCUGCUGCGGUUUGAAAUGUCCCAGGGGUGAGGAGGAGAGAGUCGCCAUCGGACAAAACAAGACACAACCUCCAGUUAAAAAACAAAAGCAGAACCUGAAGGAAUUUCAUUUUUCUCCUUGUAGAAUAUUGUUUUUAAAACAAAAGAAAGCUCACGCUCCGGUAACUGUGAGGUUCUCCUGCUGAUGAGUCUCUGCAAAGCCUUCGGCGCGCCAGCAACCCCCCUGUGGGGGCCUGUUCUAACAACCACCCUGUCCUUGUCUCCGGCCAGAGCAACUACAGCAGAGAUUGUGACCCUGGACAACUCCUAAGGGGACCCAGGGACUCGAGGUCCUGAGCCACCCUGUAUGGUAUGUGCCCACUCUACCAAGGAGACUCUUCCCA